AUGUUGCGUGACAUGAAUCUACGUCGUAGAGUGCUAGGAAUAAUGAAUACAAGAGUCCGAACUCGACAUUACUUAUCUCGGUUUUGUGUUGCUGCCUUGAGCAUAUUCGUUCUGCUAUUUCUUUUCGAGUAUGCGAGUGACAGCAAGUUGAAGACAAGUGAUAGGUACGCCGUUAAUAAUAUGAACAAACUGAUGGGAAAUGUCGCAAGGAAACUAGAUUUGCACAAGCAGGAGACGAAUAACAUGGUUAGAUGCUACAAUGAUAUUUGUGAUCCUGAGAAGACAGUUUCCAUGGCAAAUAUACAUGAUUCAACAGGAACACUGGAAUGGCAGGAAUUUCCAUCCAUUGCAAAACUGCAAGAUUUCAUCAAGGACUUAACAUCAGGAAAAAGCAAAGUAAAACAUUAUGGGUUUGUUUUUAUAAAAUGUAGAAAAUUAUCGUCUGAUUCAAGCGAAGUGGAUGAUGAAAAAUCACAGUAUGCUGGGUAUGACUACGAAAGUGAUGAAACUUACGAAGACGAUAUGUUUAUUGGUGGUAAAAUGAAUCAAAUCGGGCACUAUGCUCAUCAGCUUUUAAUACUGCCUCAGCAUGUUAAUAAGCCGAGAGUAGCACCCACUGAUAAAAAAAUUAAUAUUAACAUGAUCAUGUUAGAUUCCAUCUCCAGACAUCAUUUCUUUAGAUCGUUGCCAAAAACAAUUGAAAAAUUCCAGCAGAUUAAUACACACAAACAUGCUGUCGUCUUUGAUUAUAAGUUAUUGCAGUCAUUGAAAGGACGUACUUACGAAAAUCUGCAAGCAUUUUUCUCCGGUGAAAUCUACGAUGUUGAAAAGCCAUUUGGUAUUUUAGACUUGCCGCCCAAAGCAUUGAACACAGGUGCAAUGUUGAAUGAAUUCAGAAAGGUUGGCUAUGAGACUACUUGGAUAGAGGAUUUAUGUUGGACCUGGGAAUGGGGAAUUGUGAAGGAUCUUCUGGCGAUGUCAAAGGAAAGCAGUUUAGCACAUAGAUGGAGGAUAUUCCAGCAUGCCCUGAAGAAGGCUGGGAUUGACCGAUUUGAUGCAUCACUAUCAAGUUGCGAGAUUCUUCGGGUGAAUAAUCACCAUGAUCCAUUUCAUGGGCCAGAUGCUGUCUGUUACAAUGGCAGGUACCAACACGAGUAUAUUUUUGAGUACAUUGAGCAGUACAUAAAAGCAAUGAAUGAAACUGGCCAUCCUUAUUUUAACAAUAUUCUUCUAAAUGUGGCUCAUGAAGAUUCCGGUAGACGAGUGCAAACUCUGGAUAAGGAUCUUUCACAAUUAGUUGAUAAACUCUCUAAACAGCAUGCUUUGACAGUUAUGUAUGCAGAUCAUGGCAAUGCAUAUGGAAGAUAUAUCCAAGGAACAGAAGAGGGACGCAUUGAACUUUUUAAUCCUUUUCUCUUUAUUAUUGUUCCUAAGACAGUUAGCAACGUUCUUGGGCCUGUGAGAAUGAACGCUUUAUCCAAAAAUCAAUAUAGGCUUGUCAGCAUUUUGGAUUUGCACUACAUGAUGAAGUCCUUAGUGCCAAGCAAGAAACAAACACAAGUUGAAAAUGUAAAUAAGAAAUACAGCGUACAAAGAGAUGGAUUAUUGUCACUGAUCUCAGUCAACAGAUCAUGCUAUGACAUACCACGCAUACAACCCAAUCUAUGCAUCUGUCAGGGAUUUGAUUCGUGGGUGAAAAAUGAUAGCAGUCACGCCAUUAUUGCGGAGUUUGCGUUAGGGCAAAUAAACAAUGCCAUACAGGAGCAGUUCACAGCAGCCCACCCAAAGGCCAAGACUGGAUUCGGUUCUUGUCGAAGACUCAUUGCGACACGGUUUGGAAGCGUUAGAGAAAGCCAUAAUGAGGACAACCUCGUUAGGACCAAAAUGGACUUGUAUAUUCCAGCUGGUGAAAACUCUGGAAACACAGAAGAUGUGUUUUUUGUUACCGUGGAGACAGUGAUGAACCAGCAUCACAGAAUGAAGCUAUUAAGUUAUGAGAGAGUGUCAAGCUAUAGCCAGUACGACAAUUGUGCUGAUGAUGGCGUCAGUACCAAACUUUGCAUCUGCUCAUUAAAACAACCACGCCAGCCAGUGAAACUGAACCAAUCACCUGCCUGGGAUAGGAUGCCACCUGUACUUAGCACUGAAAAUGCAGUCAAAAACAUUCACAAUAAUUGUGUUUAUUUAAUAGAAAGACAGAAUAAAGCAGGAAGCGUGCUGGAAAUGGCUAAUGUCUGCAAGGAGAAUAAAUACAAUGUGACGAUAAAUAUAGAUUAUGCACAUAUGAUUGCGUCCCAUGAUUUACCAAUACAAUCAGAUCUUUUACCUGGACAGUGCAAGUUCAUAGUGGCUCUGGUUCAGACUAAAACUCAUCACAACUGGGAGUACAGUUAUCAUGUUUCAUUUUCUUGGGAAGAGGUUUGA